AUGUCUCGGUGCUUUCCUUACCCACCACCAGGGUAUUCACUGAGCAGAGCCAGCAAUGAGGCCUUGAUCGAAUUGAUUAAGCUCCAAAAAGAGAGGGCGAAGUCAAACGAAGAAAGGAAGAAGGAAAAGAGAAGGGAGAAAAAAGAAAGAAGGAAGGAGAAGAGAGAGAAGAAGAAAGAGAAGACUAAUGAGAACUCUGGUAAGUCUCAGAAUAUCGACAAUGCUCAUGUUGGGGAAAACAUUUGGAUGGAUUCGAAAGGUGGGCUUCUACACAAGGGAAGAAAAGCUGAAAUUGAACAGUUGGAAAGAAGCAGUCUCACUGAAGAGCACGAGCAACCUGUCUAUUCUCGCAUUCCCAGCUCUUCAUCGGACAGCACAGAGAACAGCAACAAGAGGAAGAGGAAUACCUCAUCUAUAGGUGGCAGCAACAAUCUUGGUAACAUUAUCAAGAUCCGAUUGCCCUCAAGGAAGAAGAAUGAACCCGAUACUUCGUUCGAUAAGCCACAGCUUUGCUCUACAUCUGGAAGGAUGGAUUUUCCUGUGCAACAAAAGGAUGAAAUUGCUCUCAGAGCUAGUCGAGGAACAGUUUGCACCACUUCACAGGGAACCAAUAACCUUGUUCAAGAAGUUCCGGCUAGAACUGAACAUGAGCUGGUUUUUUCAGCUUCUAGGCAGACGGAGGCUGCUGAUGUCAAACUGGGAACUUCAUUUGGGGCCAGUGCAGCAUUGACUCCAAUCAAGAGAUUGGAAUUACAGUAUAAGAACUUAGUCGAGAAUUGGGUUCCUCAUGCGCUGCAUCCUUUGGCGAAUGAUCCCGAUGAUCAAGAAUGGCUCCAGAGCAAGGAUAAAGAUGUGUGUGCAGAGAAAAGAUUCAGAUCCAGCAGUGAUGCUAUAUCCCGUUCUAGCAGCUUGGCAUUGUGGCCUCAAUCUAGAUACUUGCCUGAUGUUGAUAUCUGUGCAUUGCCCUACGUGGUCCCAUUUUGA